UAUAAAAGCUCCCAGAGUCGAAAUAUGAUCCCAUACUAAUUGAUUCUAGCCUCCUCACUGAUCUUAUCUAAAAUAGGAGAUAAUGGAAUUGCUUUUCCUUGUUCUUCUCUCUCUGCACAUUGCCAGCACAGCUACAGAAGGUGAUAAAGAAUGGUGCUACCUCUCCCAGCAGUGCGAUCUCCCCGAGUGUGAAGAGCCCCGCCUCUGGGAGACAGUGAAUGCUGAGUGUGGCAAAGACAACCAGUCACCCAUCAAUAUUGUCACCAACAAAGUGAAGUACAAAAAGGACCUGAAACGGUUUUCUUUUGAAGGAUAUGAAAACGCUCAGUCCUCCCCUUGGAACAUCAAAAAUAAUGGGCAUACAGUUAAAGUCUCUCUGGAUGGCUCAGCAAAGAUUAGCAAUGGAGGUCUUUUCAAUCAAUACAAGGCUAUCGAGUUUCACUUCCACUGGGGCAAUAAGCUAGGCAGUAGACCCAGCCCUGGGUCGGAGCACAGCAUAGAUGGAGAGAGAUACGAUAUGGAGCUACACAUAGUCCACAAGAAAGAGAGUUUCUCAAGCGCAAAGGAUGCAUCGAAUGAUAAAGAACAGCUGGCCGUGCUGGCCUUCUUUAUAAAGAUCGGUGCAGAAAAUGAAAAGUAUGCACCUCUCAUAGAGAAGUUGAAUGACGUUCCUACCAAAGGCAAUGAAAAGACGAUGGCUGCUUUGCCCCUGGAAUCGCUCAUCCCGCCGGAAAAGAAUCUCACCGGCUAUUAUCGGUACAGCGGCUCCCUGACCACGCCCGGAUGCAAUGAGACGGUCAUCUGGACGAUAUUUAAGGAGCCAAUCGCACUGAGUGAAAAUCAGAUGGAGAACUUCUGGAAGAAGCUUUACUUCACUGAGGAUAAAACAUUACUCAUGACCGACAAUUUCCGACCUGUUCAGCCUCUCAAUGACAGAGUCGUGUACCACUCCGAUGGCAGCAUCCUACUGUCUCCUGCAAAUGCUUUAUUGGUGGCGCCAACACUUAUCUACCUCAUGAGUCUUCUUUUCCAAUGAACACUGGUCAUCCAUUAUCAGGUUUCGGCGGUGGAGGGACUGUUAAUUUUUUGUUUCAAGCACUUCUCUGCAGUUCAGAAGCUCUGGGCUGCAGCUCAUUGUACAAUAUAGCCUUGGUGUUUUUCCUAACGCUUAUCAUAUAGAGAUAAAGAAAUAAUUUCAGGGAACCUCCCUCGAGGCUCAUGAUAAAUAUAAUACAAAGCUAUAGAGAAGUCUUUUUAAAUCCUUUAAGACUUUUCUUUUGAAAGCAAUAAAAUGUGUUAAUUGCAACCCUAUAAUUUUAAAUCAACACAGCAAGUGUGCUUAAUAGAGCCAUUCAGAGGACUUAUAGGAAUCAGAGUGCCAAAGUGAGACUGAAUGCAAUAUAGUUCAAUGCUGCAUCACAAAUCAAGGACAUGAAACAUUUUCGGUGACACAGUGGAUGCUGUGUCCUCCAACACCGAUGCCUCACACAACCUGUUAAAAGGGCUCAUCCUAUGUAUUGCAGGAUACAUAUCAGGCUUCAGCCAGAAAAAUACGUUUUCUUGCUUCUCCCAACUUAAGCUGAAUUUUUAAUGAAGGGUUUGUUUAUUUUUUAAAUCUACUGCUAUUGGGUUUUAGGAACAUAGGAGUCCCAUACCAGGUCUGACUGUUAGUCCAGUCUAGUCCUGCAGCCUGCCUUUAGCAGUAUCCAGUACUGGAUGCGACAGAGGAAAAGGAAAGCACCACCCAAAACAGAUAGCUUCAGCCACUUGGAAAAUUCCAUCCCGAAUCCCAUUGGAAGGUUAAAUGUGAAGCAUGAGAUUUGAUGAUCCUUUCACUAAAGGAUCCCCUUGAAUAAUAAAAUCUCCCCUUGAAUAAUAAAAUCCUAGAACGGCUCAGGGAACUUUGUGGAAUUUUUUGUUGAAUUUUUUUUCAGGGUUUCAUCAAACCCCUCAAUUUUUUUGGUCUAGAAUUGGUAUUUUGCACACAUUUCUAUUUUGUUGAAAAAAAUGUUCCAUUCUGAUGAAAACAUUUUGAUCAGCUCUAUAAAAUGCUCCUACACCUGUGGGGUAGGUUACAAACCCCAUGGCUGUGUCUAGACUGGCAAGUUUUUCCGCAAAAUCAUCUGAUUUUGUGGAAAAACUUGCCAGCU